AUGGAGGAAGAGAAAAGAUCGAGGUUCAAGAGAAUAUGUGUCUACUGCGGAAGCUGUUCGGGCAAGAAAGCCAGCUAUCAAGAGGCUGCUGUUGAGUUGGGAAAAGAACUGGUGGAGAGAAGGAUUGAUUUGGUAUAUGGAGGUGGAAGCGUGGGUCUGAUGGGUCUUGUUUCGCAGGCAGUUCAUGAUGGCGGGCGCCAUGUCCUAGGAGUCAUCCCAAGGACUCUCAUGCCAAGAGAGAUAACUGGUGAGAAAAUUGGGGAAGUGAGAGCCGUGUCCGAUAUGCAUCAGAGGAAGGCUGAGAUGGUCAGGCAAGCAGAUGCUUUCAUUGCCCUUCCUGGUGGAUAUGGUACAUUAGAAGAACUGCUUGAAGUCAUCACAUGGGCUCAGCUUGGCAUCCACCGUAAACCCGUGGGGCUUCUGAAUGUUGAUGGUUACUACAAUUCCUUGUUGUCUUUUAUUGAUAAGGCCGUGGAUGAAGGCUUUAUCUCUCCAACUGCACGUCGCAUAAUCGUGUCUGCUCCUACGGCCAAGGAGUUGGUCAGAGAGCUUGAGGAAUAUGUUCCGGAGUAUGAUGAGAUCACAUCGAAAUUGACCUGGGAGGAGAUGGAUAGACUUAAUAAUUACGUACCGGGCUCUGGAAUUCCUAUAUAA